AUGAGAGAAGAUCAACGGCACCUACCGUUUGGGCGGCGAAAUCCAUUGGCUCGUGAAUAUGAAGUAGCAAAACGACCCAUUUUUUUGCUGGAUGGUUGGGACAUUGUGCAGGGAACCGAUGCUGCUGCAUACGUCUCCAGUAGUGUAACAGAUGGGGUGAUGUACGGCACUAACGGAUCUUUGGGUGUUCGACACCGGAGUGAAGGUGACACAAUAGGGUUUGAAACAAGUGUCUUUGUGAAUGGAGUAUACCACAGUGUUCCAAUUGAUAAUCACAUUAAGAGUGAAGCCCUACCCGACGAGAUGCAGCUUGGGGCCACCGUUUGUGAUAUCCAUCUUGACUGUCUUAUUGAUGGCGAUUGUGGCACCCUGCGGGCCAUGCCUUCUCGACGGCUUGAUUUGCGUAGUGCAACAUAUUAUGGUGAAUGUAUUGGUGUAAUGAGUGGGGAUGGUAGACUGAUGUUUGAUGGUGCCUAUCGCCGUGUUGUUUCCAUGAAGGAGCUGGAUUUAUGGGGAGCAGAAGUUGUAUACUCCAAUUUUUUACUUGGGUCAUCGUUUGGUGAUCUUCAAUUCUCUGAGUCCCCUACGUACCUUCCUCCCACAAACAUUGUAAAUUUUUUAGGAUCGGAUGAUACUUUUCCUUCAUAUACCUUGGAGUUUCUUGUAACACUGACGGUGGAUUUGAGAGAGUGGAAUGUUCUGCGCGGUGACAAUGCUGAUGAUGUUCUGCUACAGUCCCGCACCUCAGGCAUUGUGGUGAGUACGUCUACGCAAUCUACCUGUGUUGUGGAGUACAAAGGAGGCGCUUCAAAACUUGCAGCAGAGGAUCAGGUCUUGUCCGAAACAGGAGACGACAGUUUAAUGGAUAUGAAUUUUUCUACGGCGGCUGUGUCGCACCCUAGUGAUAGCGAGAGUGACCCCGGGUAUGGGGGCAUCACUGUUGCUUCCUUUGGGAACCCCCGAAGCAAGAGCAUGUCUUUUAGGAAGCGAUUUGUUUUGUCUCUUAGCACUGACUCAAUGCCCUUGAAAGUAACGCUAACGUUUUUGUCCCGACACCACACGGGUGUGAUUCCUACUACUAGUUCAUUUCCUAGCCUUUCAGAAAUAAUAGACGAUCAACGUUUGAUACUGGAUAAAUUCUGGGACCGUUUUUAUAUUGAUUUAAAUCAGCAAGAAGAACUGACACAACAUCGCUUACGUCUCUCGCUACUGUUUAAUGCUUUUCGACUCUUUUGUGUUUCCCAUAAUCUACAUAAUGGGUUAUCGCGGGGAGGGUGUUCUUCCACUAGAAAAAGUUUGUUGUAUGAUUUUCAUCAGUACCUGUACCAUGGUAUUUUCUACACCUUGACGUCGCCUCCGCAAGCCUUGGCUUUGAUCCGAAGCCUGUAUUCACUUUUACCACAAGCAAGAGUUAACGCUCAUCGUAUUUCACUAAAACACGGCGCCGUCUUUCCACGGAGCACCAUUAAAGGGACGGAAUGUCAACACUACAACAUUGUGAGUCAGGCACGAUUAUAUGUUAAUGCUGAAAUUGGGUAUGUUAUUAACUUUUUUUUCGCUGCUGCAGAAAAUAUUGAUCAAACGGAUCGUCUAUGGCUUCUAGAGCUCAUGCUAGAAACUGCGCGUGUGUGGCCUCAGUUGGGAGAAUGGGUGGAGAGUGAAGCCUCUUUUCGUCUGGAUAAUAUUGCAGGACCUGAUGAGUACAAUAGUACAGCCUCUGGAAACUUUUAUAUUCAUUUAUCUGCCAAAAUGCAUUUGCGGUAUGCCUUAGAUCUUUAUGAGCAACAAAGGAGUUUACUUGGAGAGGCGGCGAUGGUGCGUCUGUUAAAGCAAAUUGAUAUGGAUGAAUCCGAGCUGGAAAAUUUUAGAUCCACCUCCGACGGUAUUGUGGUACGUCGUAAGGAUUGCUUGGGAGUGUACAUGGUGCAUGACUACUUUAAUACACUUGAAGAAUGGAAGGCGGAACGUCCUAAGCAUCCAUUGUCAAUGAACUACCAUCCUCUCGCAAUUUUCCGCCACAUGCUUGUUGAUGUUCCAGAGGUAUUGUUGGGAAUGAUUUUGUACCAAGAUAUGUUUGAAAAAAAGGACUUAGCAAAAAAUUUGGCCCACUAUGAGGCACUUUGUACAUAUGAUUCACCCGAGGCUCUUGCUAUCAUUUCGGCAAUGGAUUUUAAAUCUAACGGAAGCUUUUCGCAUGGUAUGCCGUUAUUACGCUCAUUGUUGAGUCUAGACGUGGAUAAUGUCAUUUACACCGCCGAUGAGGGACUUAAUUUUGGUGCAAUGUCUUCUUCCUGGGUUGCUAUUGUUAGCGGCAUCGGGGGACUCAAACUGGGUCAACGGACGCUUUCCUUAGAUCCAUGUUUUCCCGCGGGAUUGACGGUUGUCAAGUUUACAAUUUCUUGGCGUGGGGCAACGUUACGUACCACGGUAGAUAAUGACUACAUCAUCUAUGAACUUAUUGAGGGAGACAGUAUUCGGUUUGUGCAUGGUAACGGGCAUCGGAUUCAUCUUCACACGGGGUUUCACCGAUAUUCAGCCAAGCGACAAGUGUCUGUGCCACGGUUGAUGAGCAACAACGAGGGGGAAUUUGACGGUGCCAUCUUUCUUUGCGAGGCAUUGUUUGACGACAUCAUGGAGAUCAACUAUGCGGCUUGGUAUAAAACGCUUGAGUCUCUGUUUGAGAAUUACCGAGCACUGCACCUUCGUGAAAUCAAACCCUUAACGCCAUCAGAAUACUUUGAAAAAGUUGUUUACCAGGCAGAGAAGCGUGAGAUUGCGUUUAGUGGCAUUCACAAUGUCUUGUUGUCCCGUGGGAUUGAUCUUGCCCUGGGCACCCCAGACGACGCGGAGAUUGUUGAGACACGAUACGGAUUGGCGAAUGCAAAGGUGGCUGAAAUGGCGGAAAUAAUGUCUCGUGUGAACCCCCGCGUGAACCCCUUGAUGUACGCGCUGCUGAAGGAUCUUGCCCACAACGGCAUUGCGCUUGCGGUGGUGACGUACACGCGAAGUCUCAAGGCUCUGCUGCACUACAAUCCUGAGUUGAUGACACUGUUUCUUGCCUCUAUUGAUGGGGAAGAGGCGCAUGAUCGCCACAUCAAAGGUCGUCCUCAUAUUGACAUUUUUCUUCGCGGGGCCGAAAAAAUUCAUGUGGAUCCGGCGCGUUGCCUUGUCUUCUCUACUUACCUUGAUCGCGGCUUUACAGCCACCAGCCUUGCCAAGUUUCGCAUGUUUUUUGAUGUGGAGGUAAAAUUUGUGAUAGACCCAGCCUCGGAGCACUUUAAUUCACAUCCCAAGCUUUCCGGAGAAUUGGCAACCGCAGUGAGACCUGAUGGUGGGCCCCUCACUUUGCCCCUUUCACGGGAACAUCUGCCAACGACAGUAGACGCCCUGGAGGACAUGAUAUACAAACGCUGUAACGCUGUGGAUGACCAGGACACGGACUGA